AUGAGGCCUCAAAUACAAAAAAUCUACUCAAUCCACCCUUGCCAAACGACAAAGGUUGAACAGACAAAGGAGGGCUUCAAAAAGUACUUACCUCAACACUUGCCGAAUCUGCCCUCGCAGCCCAAGCUAAAAUUGAUGGCCUUCUCGCAGUUCUUGCCAAACCCAGCUCUAACCGCGAGAACUCAAAUUGGAUUGUUGCCGAAGAGACCCGCCCUCACUUCUCACGACAAGGUGACCUCCACAAAUUUCCAAAGUCACCCUUGCCGUUCGGCAAGGGCCUUGCUAGAACCAAAAAGGACCCACGGAACCUCCUUCCAAGAAUCAACUCUGAACCCAGCUCCACUCUUGCCGAACCUAGCUUCACUUUGUCCCUUCAUGAGCCCUCAAACAAAUUAUUCAGACCUUGCCAAACACAAAAGGCUUGAAGAAAUUUUUCACGGCAUGGGUUGA